CAUGUGUUUAAAAGAUGGCGGUCAUAGUGCUCGACAACGGAGGCGGUUUCGCUAAAGUUGGAUAUUCUACCGACAAGGAACCAAGAGUUUUACCAAAUUGUGUGACAAAAGCCAAAAAUGUCAGGACGCGGAUUUUCAUUGGUGACCAGAUCGACGAUUGUAAGGAUCUAUCAGGACUCUACUACCUGUUGGCCUUCCAGAAGGGCUACCUUACAAACUGGGAUAUCGAGAGACAAGUCUGGGACUAUAUUUUCGGCAAAGAUUUUCUCAAGGUCGACUUCAACGAGACCAGUAUCAUAAUAACAGAUCCGUACUUCAACUUUGCAUCCAUCCAGGAGGCCAUGAAUGAGAUUUUGUAUGAGGAGUACCAGUUUAAAUCUGUUCUCCACUGUAACCCGUCCUAUCUCAGUCAGUAUAAGUACCAGAAGGAGUGUCCAGAGAAACAGUUCUGUACCAUGGUAGUGGACACUGGCUAUUCCUUCACUCACCUCGUACCCUACUUCAAAGGCAAGAAGAUCGAAAACUCCGUCAGAAGGAUAAAUAUUGGAGGGAAAAUCCUUACAAAUCAUCUGAAAGAAAUUAUUUCAUAUAGACAACUGAUGGUGAUGGAUGAAACCUACGUCAUCAACCAGGUGAAGGAGGAUGUGUGUUACGUUUCCCAGCAAUUUACCAAAGACAUGGACAUAGCCAGAUUGAAAGGUCCAGCCAACACGAUAGCCAGGGACUACGUAUUACCGGAUUAUACUCACAUUAAGAGGGGGUAUGUUAGACCUCAAGGUGACACUACAGGAAAAGCUAAAGAUGGAGAACAGAUCAUUCGGAUGAGUAAUGAGAGAUUUGCUGUACCGGAGCUGCUGUUCCAUCCAUCAGACGUUGGUAUACAGGAGAUGGGAAUUGCCGAGGGACUUGUCCACACAAUCGGCACUAUGCCAGAAGAUAUCCAGCCACACAUGUACAAUAAUAUCGUGCUAACAGGCGGUAAUUGUCUCCUCCCUGGAUUUUAUCAAAGGAUGGUGGCAGAUACAAGGAGUAUGGCCCCAGAUGAAUAUGACUUGACAGUCACAAAUCCACCCAAUCCAGCGACGUAUUCCUGGUCCGGUGGAGCGAUGCUAGCCGCUGACACAAGCUUCAGUAAAUUAUGUGUUUCACGUGAAGAUUACGAGGAAAAUGGACACAGUUUAUGCCUGGAAAAAUUUGAUGUGUGACCCAUAAUGACUGCCAGUAAAAUUGAAGAGGCAGACAUGAGAAGACUUACCAUGCGUCUUGAAACAAAGAUUUGAAACGAAACAAGAAGAUUUCAGAUCGAGUAAGGAGAAUCGCCAGACAGCAGAAAACCUAAAAAAAUCUUAUGGUCUCGUCACUUGGCUACACUGUAAAUUGUUACCGCAAAUGAAGUGGGCGAGAUUCAUGUAGAUCUGCAUUGACUAUCUUUUCGUGACUUUAUUUUAAUGUCGUGUCCGAGUCAAUUAAUUCAGCCUUACUGAUGUUUCAAGAGUAAUAUCCUCUCAGUAAUGAAAACCUAUUUCAAGAAUAUUAUCAAUGCGAAAACUGUUUUCGGAGGAUAUUGCAGCGAGAGCUGUUCGUGGUUUUUUUCUUCACACAAACCACAACUUUGUUCCACUGUUCCACUUACAGGAACAAACCACCAGUAUUGUGUUCAAAAGAUUUUAAAAUUAAAAAAAUUUUUUUAACACUGUCAGACUGCUAUGUGAUGUAACAUAUGUAGAUACCUAUUGUUGUCGUAACAAUGGGCCUGUUUGUUUGUGUUGACAAAAAAGUAGGUCUUUGCUUUAAGGCAUAAAUCCUGAUGGACAAGUAGGUGUCAAUACUGGCCAUGAAAGCCUUUACCAUCUAUAGAUCUCUGUAGGUCUGUUUUUGUUAGCUCACCUGCCCAAAGGGCAGGUGAGCUUAUGACGUGGCGCGGCGUCCGUCGUCCGUCCGGCUGUCCGUCCGGCGUCAACUUUUC